GCAGUCAGUCGCUAGCAGGUAAUCCACUAGAGCGCGUUCGGGCUUCGGACAAGUGUUACCAACAAGACACGACACAGACCCGCAGCAGUACAGCGACAUUAGUAGUUCGCACAGAAUCGGCAUUGAAUAAUCCCAUACACAACGAGGCAUCGAGGCAUCGAGGCCCAGAGCGCGGCUAGAGCUAAAGCGUCAGAGCGCGACCCGAAACAAACAAAAAUUGCAGUGUCCAGCCUCCAGCCUCCAGUCUCCAGUCUCUGGUUCUCUCUGUUAGCCACGCGGAUACCACGUUACCAAAAUGAACUCGGACCUGGGGCCAUUGUGGGCCAGCAGCAGCAGCGGCAGCAGCAGUCGUUGCUGCUUAAUGGCGGCUCUGCUGCUGCUUAUCUGCAGCGGACAGGCUGCGGGCCAAUCCAAUUACGUGCAACACGGCGAUAGCGGCAACUACACCACAAACGGUCUGCCCGAGGAGGCGACAUUGGACGGCAAGGUUACCAAACUGGACGACAUCAGCCCAUUGAUAUUUCUGAAUCGCACCAAAGCAGCGCUUAAUUGCGCCGCUGGCUCCAUGCAGGUUGAUCUCAAGUUUAACGAUCCAUUCCAUGGCAUCAUUCAGGCUGAUUAUGAUCGCAGCAGUGCGUGCCGCGUCAGUGGCAAGGGGGCGCUUAGCUAUCGCCUCGAGCUGCCCCUCAAGGGCUGUGGCACCAUCCAGAACCCCACACGUGUCUUUACCAACAACAUCAUUGUGCGCUUCCAUGCAAAUCUGGAGAUGGACGGGGACGAGAUCAUCACCAUUGUCUGCCGCUAUCCACCGCCAGUGCCCUCACUGCCACCCGCACUGCCAGCGCCAAUCCUCAAUCCCAUUGCCACCAGCUCUGUGCUGCAGCCGCCGCUGAAGAGCAUCCAAAUACUGAUGAUCAUCUGUGCCAUUAUGUUCCUGACACUCCUCCUGCUGGGGCUGGCUGUCUCCUACUACUGCCUGCGCAGCCGACCCAUACCGGUGGUGCGGCGCCUGCCCAUGAGCAUGGGCAGUGGCUCCGAGAUCACAAAGCUGAGUGGCAGCAGCGUGGGCAACAUCAGCGUCUUCGAGGGCGUCAAGAUACCGCGCGCCCAUGCCGCCCUGCAGGCCGUCUACUCAUCAUCGGGCAGCGAGGGUGCGCUCAUACCCUCGGACUAUCCCAGCGAGUCGCACUCGGAGAUCGAGGAGAUUGACACGAGGUCGCUGCCGUUCAGCUCGGCGGGCAGCUUCGAGAACCGCGCCUUUGUCCAGGAGACCUCCAGCAUCUACAGCGAUCAUUAUGCGCCGGCCCAGGAGAUGCCCGUGGCCAAUGCUGUGGUCACAACGGCGGCCAUCACCACGCGGCAUGCCAUACCCCUGCAGGAGGGCUCCCCCAAGUUCGAUGUUCAGGUGCGGGUGAAGAAGUCACCGCCGCCAGUGCCCUCGCCCGUGACCUCGGACACGGAGAGCGUGGCCACGCUGCGACCCGAUCGGAACAAUCUCUCGACCAUCAUGGAGGCCUACGAGGAUCGGGAGAGCAUCAUGACCAUGGACUCGCUGCCGCCGCAGGUGGAGACAAUGCAGUCGCAGUUCACGUAUGUGCCCGAGCUGCACCCGGCCCCCCAGCUGCCGCCGCCGGCAGAGCCCAAGUUCUCGGUGUACACGCGCACCCAUCACGAGGUGGUGGACGGCCGCCCGGAGACCUGGUCCGACUACACCGACGGCACGCGGGCGCCCAGCGAGAUCACCGAUCUGUCCUCGGAGGCGCCCGACAGGACCGUGGACUCGAUGCACUACUACGAGGAUGAGUACGUGCCCAUUGAGCCGCUGCCGCACUCGAUGGCUGUGGCCGCUGUGCCAGUGCCCCCCAAGCCCCAGCCGCUGCCGCAUGUCACCUCGCACACGGUGGACGAUGUCUAUCUGCGCACCGUCACCGAGAAGAAGACCAUCGAGGACAUUGAGAGCCACAAGCGCAGGGUCACCGAGUACAAGAGCAAGCCGAAGGCCCCGCUGCCGCCGGUGGCACCGCCAGCACCGCCCGCGGAUCCCAAGUUCGAUGUGAAGGUCCGCAACUACCCCAGCGAGCGGGAGCAGCAGCUGUGGGAGAAUUUCUCGGACAUAUCCAGCGCCUCGGGCCUGACACUCACGCCCAAAAUGGAGCGCAGUGAGCUGUCGCUGCCGCCCGCGGAGCCGCCGUCCCAGAUCCACGACAACAAGCUGAAGCUGACCAGCCCCGAGCUGGUGGGCAACAUGAAGCCCAUUGAGGUGCCGCCCCAGGACAUGGAUGUGCCCAACUGGGAUGUGCUCAUACGCAUACUCGAGGAGCCCGAAAUGUCCGAGAUGUCGGCAGGCGGGGAUGACACCAGCUCUGUGCACAACAACAACUACAACAUCAGCUACGACGACAGGGCCAAGUGGAAGGAGAUCAUCACCACACAGUCGACGCUGCGCUCCAUGCUCACGGAGGCAGUGGUGCGCGAGGACUUCGAGCGCAUUCGCCAGGAUACGCGCUACGAGCGCAUGUUCGAGCCGCAGACUUGGGACGUCAUCAUUCGCAUCCUGGCCCCGCCCAGCGACGAUGACACCGACGUGGAGAUGCGCCUGCCCAGGCGUGGCGGCAAGAAGGCCCCACCACAGCCCUGGGACACACGCUCCCGCCGCAGCUCCCUGCCGACGCUCUACGAAUACGACAGCGAUGGUGGCUCCAGUGUGCGCACCAUACGCAACGACCCCGGCCUGCCGCUGCAGGCGCACUCCGGCCAGCCGGUGGGACCCUUCAAUAUGCAGCGAUCGCGGCGCAGUUCGCGCACCUCCUACCAGACGGACCACAACGAUUUCCGCUCCAUGUCGGAGGUGACGGUGGACUUUGGCCGUCCCCAGGCGGACCAGCUGGACAAUGUGAGCGAUGCGAGCAGCUACUACCGCAUGCAGUACUAUGACGACGAGGACCGACGGUCCUUCCAUCGCUCGCUCAGUCAUCCCUCGCUGGCACGAUCCGCCAGCGAGUUCACCGAGCACUGGACCGCUCCCGAUGACCUCGAGAUUGAGAUCUCCUCGCCAGAGGGCACACCACAUGCUCGUCGAGCACGUCAGCCCCUAGCCAUAGCCUCGGGACGUGCAGCCGGCGAGCAGCGAGUUGUGGCCCAGACCCAAUCUCAGAGGGAAUAUGUGGAGACCCAUCGCAGUGUGUAUCAUGCCGAGAAGGAGCUGCCCAUGCCGCCGCGCAAGUGGUAGACCACUGUCGGGCAGAGCCUUCCUUCGAGUAGUCACUUCUAUUAACGAUCGACUCCAAAAUCAGCGUACCGGUUAGAGGGUAGGGUAGAAGCCCUGCGCGGGAGCUUCAGCAGGAAGGCGCAGGACGCGUCCGCAUCACAUUGGGUGGUGUCUGGGGGGUGUCUGGGCCCUUCUGCUCGAGCUCAGCUGCAAGCCAAUCCAUGGCUCACACAUUCCAUAGGUCGUAGACGAUUUUAUUCUUACACUAAUUAACAAACAAACAAACAAACAAACAAAACGUGCCAAUUACAAUUGCCUGACAUUCAAAAUAAACAGCUCGCAACACAGAGACCCCACAAAAUGUCAGUUCCAAGCGGAUGAGGAUCGAGGCUCGAGCUUCGAGCUUCAAUUAAUUGAUUUCUAAGCCGUGGAAAUUCUUUAAUUGAAAAUUCAAACGAAACUUUUGUGUUCUGAAACACCCAGCUCCAGCGACGAUUGAGUAAAGAGAGAAAGCAAGCCAGAGAGUGAGAGAGAGAGGGCGAGAGAGAUAGAGAUGGAGAGAGCAUGGGGUAAAUUUCCAAUUUAGAUAAUAGUUCGUAUAAGAUCUGAUAUGCUGCCCAGCCCUAAGCAUUUCGAGGGCAAAUACUUUGUCACAAUGG